CUCCACUUCCACGGCAACGCCGAGGUCUGCGGCGAGGCCGACGACAUCGCGCCCGUGUUCCACGCCGCGGGCUUCGCGCUCGUGUCCGUCGACUACCGGGGCUACGGCUGGUCGACGGGGUCGCCCGGCGUGACGCACCUCUGCGGCGACGCGGACGCGGUCCUCGACUUCCUCGUCAAAGGCGGCGUGCCGGGCAUCGCCGAGGGCUGCAAGGUCGUCGCCUGGGGCCGGUCCAUCGGCGCGCUGUCCGCCGUGCACCUAGCGGCGUCGCGCGCGGCGUCCAUCCACGGCCUCGUCGUCGACUCCGGGCUCAUGUCCAUCGCGUCGCUGCCCAUGGUGAAGCAGCUCGCGGCGACCAUGGGCGCCGGCGAGAUGCUCGGUGGCCUCAAGGACCCGACGGCCGCCCCUUUUGGAUCUACGACGCUCCGGAAGGCGCAGACCGUCGGCUGCCCGUCGCUCGUGCUCCACGGCGACCGCGACGACAUCGUCCCCGCGUCCCAGGGCCUCAGCUGCUUCAACGCCCUCGGCGCGCCCGACAAGGUCCACGAGCGCUUCGCCGCCGCGGGCCACAACGAC